CUCCAUUACACCACCCAACUCUCCCAUUCACAGACAACACAAUCCCAAAAUCUAGAGAGACAGAGAUGUUUAGUUUAUUUGUACAUGUGCUUCUGUUACUUCCUAUAGUCCUAACAUAUAUAUUCUUCCAUCGAAAGAGAAACCAAAACCAUGAUCGAGUACGAGCAAAGCUUCCACCAGGUUCAAUGGGUUGGCCUUAUAUUGGAGAGACACCACAACUGUAUUCGCAAGACCCUAAUGUCUUCUUUGCUAGUAAACAAAAAAGGUAUGGAGAGAUAUUCAAAACACAUAUACUUGGUUGUCCAAGUAUUAUGUUGACGAGUCCUGAAGCAGCGCGAUUCGUAUUAGUUACGCAUGCUAAUUUGUUCAAUCCAACGUAUCCUAAAAGUAAAGAGAAAAUGAUAGGACCAUCAGCUCUGUUUUUUCACCAAGGAGAUUAUCAUUCUCGUCUUCGAAAAAUUGUUCAAGGUUCAUUAUCUCCAGAAAGCAUAAAGGGACUUGUACCAGAUAUCGAACGCAUCGUCAUCACGACAUUAAGUUCAUGGGUUGGCAAUGAUAACCACAUUGUUAAUACUUACCAUGAAGUGAAAAAGUUCUCGUUUGACAUCGGCAUACUCUCAAUUUUUGGUCAGUUAGAUUCUUAUUACAAAGAAGAAUUGAAGAAAAAUUACUUCAUAUUAGAUAAAGGAUACAAUUCUUAUCCUACAAAUAUGCCAGGAACUCUAUACAGCAAGGCUGUCUUGGCAAGAAAAAGAUUGAGUAAGAUUCUAAGUGAAAUUAUUGGUAAAAGAAUGGAGAAAAGAGUAGAGGAUAAAGAUCUUUUGGGCUGUUUGAUGCAUUCCGAUGAUGAAAAGGCGGGAAGUUUGACGGACGAUCAAAUUGCUGACAAUAUAAUUGGAGUUUUGUUUGCUGCUCAAGACACUACAGCUAGUGUUCUUACAUGGAUUCUCAAGUACCUCCAUGAUCACCCAAAACUUCUAGAAGCAGUGAAAGCUGAGCAGAAAGCAAUAUAUGAAAUGAAUGAUGGAGGAAUCAAGCCCUUGUCAUGGUCUCAAACUAGAAAUAUGCCUGUCACUUUUAGAGUUGUAUUGGAGAGUUUGAGAAUGGCAAGCAUCAUAUCAUUCACAUUCAGAGAAGCUGUAGAAGAUGUUGAAUACAAAGGUUACCUUAUUCCCAAGGGUUGGAAGGUAAUGCCUUUAUUCAGAAAUAUUCAUCAUAACCCUGAAUUCUUUCACGAGCCUCAGAAGUUUGAUCCAUCAAGAUUUGAGGUUGCACCAAGACCCAAUACAUUUAUGCCAUUUGGAAAUGGAGUACAUUCAUGUCCAGGGAAUGAACUUGCCAAAGUGGAGAUUCUUAUAUUACUGCACCACUUAAUAACCAAGUUCAGGUGGGAAGUGAUAGGAUCUCAAAGUGGGAUUCAAUAUGGCCCAUUUCCAGUCCCACAAGAAGGAUUACCAGCAAGAUUUUGGAAAGCAGAAUCAGACACUAAUAAUCAAACACACCAUGGAUUGUCAUCAACUUAGGAGGGAUUGGGGUACUCCUAGCUUAGCUCUCUUAACAUCAUCAUUCAGGAUUUGAAGAAAAACUAGGGAGACAUUAAAAUAUAUCCUCUAUCUUUUCUUUUGAUUCUGUUAUCAAUUUCAUUUUGAAACAAUUGGUACUCGAAUAUCUCUUACUAAGUUUAUUUCAGCAUUUCAUAAUAAAAUUUUGUAGCAAUUGAUCCCACAUUCCUACUACUACUUAUGAACUGUAGAUUGAUCAAGUAUUCAAUCAUGCAUGGCCAUUUAUGUGUGCGUUAUACAGCGUCACGUACUCAGUACGUGCUCACACCUGUCAUCCUGUAAAUGAUUAAAGUAUGUGACAACAAGGAAGGGACAAGUGUUGGCAAUGUAUUUGGCCCAUAGAAAGAAGUGGUUUUUGUUGUUGUUGUCACUCUCUAAAGACACAAGAUUUUGUGGAAUAUAUCUGUUUUUGUUUAAUUUGGUAAA